CGGCUGCGGUGUGCAGUUCCACACGAAUAGAAAUAGGAAUACUCGUAUGAAGUUAAAAGCCAUUUUGGUUCGAAUUCGUCUCUCUUUCCUUACAACUUCCCCUUUACUUCUUUAGCCGUACAAGGGUUUAUUGUGCGUAAUUGGGAAGCUGUGUUUCUUUCAUUUGUAUGUAUAAGAUUGCAGAAAGGAUAAUUGAGUUGAAUUGUGUUGUUGAAGUUGGGAAUUAUGGUGAAAUCGUUUGAGAAUGGGGUAUCUGUUGCACCAUUCUUGUUGAAGUGUUAUGAAAUGGUGGAGGAUGAGUCAACGGACGGCUUGAUUUCUUGGAAUCAAUCUGAGAAAAGUUUCAUCAUAUGGGAUGUUCCUAAAUUCUCAUCUGAAUUGCUUCCUAAAUACUUCAAGCAUAGCAACUUCUCCAGCUUCAUUCGUCAACUCAACAUCUAUGGUUUCCAUAAAACUGAUACAGAUAGAUGGGAAUUUUUGAAUGAUAGCUUUGUCAAAGGCCAAAAGCAUUUUUUAAAGAAUAUUGUUAGAAGGAAACAGUCCAGUGUGGCCCAAAAGAAACCAUCCCAGCUGGAGGAGAUCAAGUCUUGUACAUCUGAAGAAAGUAAGAAUCUUGAACUGUGGAAAGAAGUUGAGAAUCUUAAGGAUGAAAGAAAUGUUCUCACGCAGGAGUUAGUCAAGCUUAAGGAACACCAGCAGAAUUCAGAGAGUAAGUUGAUACUUCUACGAGAACAACUAAAAGUCAGGGAGAAAAAUCAACAACAGAUGCUUUCCUUCAUUGUUAUGGCUAUGCAAAGCCCAAGUUUUUUGGUUCAGUUUUUCCAGCCCAAGGAAAACAGUUGGUGUAUGAGUGAGAAUGGUAAUAAUAUACUGAGUGAAGUUGAAGAUGAUUGCGUAGAUACACCAUCCGAUCGAGCAAUUGUGAGGUAUCAUCCUCCCACUCAUGAAGAAGCUGCAGAGCCCCCCCUAUGCGCUGAACCUGAACCUGCUUUGGAUUCUCAGAAACCUAUGGAGCUCGAUUUUUCUUCCAAUGAAUUAAAAGAUAUGUUUUCCAAUAUAGAUUUCUUCUCAGGAUUAAUGGAUGAAAAGCUGCUUGCUUUUGAAAAUAGGGUCCCUCUUACUUUGCCAUAUUAUCCUGAUGAUGAGAACUUGUUGGAACAGCUGCUUUUGUCCAGUCCAAUAACAGAGAAUAAAGAAGGCGAAGUGAUAGAUAAUCAAGCUUGCUCCCAUGCUGUCAUGGAGACUGACUUGUCAUUCCAGCCAAUAGAGUCUGGAACUUUUUCAGGUUCAGAGGAACCAUUUCAUAGUCUAGAAGAUAAAAAGAUGGAAAUGGCUUUGCUGGAGACUCAGUCAGACAACUUAAGUAAUAUGGAUAUACUUACUGAACAGCUGGGGCAUAGUAAAUUCUGAAGGGAGCCCAACCCGCUUAUACAAAUUGCGAAGAUCUAUUGUUGAAUCUUCCUUUCAUUUUUAAACUCGUGAAUAUUGUAACUCAGUAUGCAUAGUUGAAAUAGAAAAGAACACUGUACUUGAUCUAU